AUGUGUAUCAGAAUGUAAAAAGUGCUAUUUUGAUAAACAUGAUAUUAGUAGCCACUUAUAUAGCCCAUAUGAAUUUGUCUCUAUUCAUAGAUGUCACCCUAAUAAAGUCAAUAUAGAAUCAAUAUUUCGUUUCACUUCAGUUUGACAUUUAGAAAGUAUCCUUGAAAUUUCAAAAAUUUCAAAAUGGAACUCGACACUCCUGUGCUUAUUUUCGGACUGGUGGAUGGAACUACGUUACUCUUUCUUACUGUUUAUUUCGUGAUAACACUUUCUGACUUGGAAUGUGACUACCUUAAUGCCAGGUCAUGCUGCGAGAAACUAAAUAUGUGGGUUUUGCCAGAGAUUGUAGCCCAUAGUUUAAUAACAGUUUUACUGCUUCUCUCACUACAUUGGGUGCUCUUCUUGCUGAAUCUUCCCUUAGCUGUAUUCCAAAUUAACAAAUACCUAAGCAAGCCAUCAGGAAGUAUUGGUGUUUAUGACCCCACAGAAAUACACAAUCGACAGCUAUUGAAAAGUUAUAUGAAAGAAAGUAUGGUGAAGUUAGGGUUCCAUCUUGUCUUCUUCUUCAUAUAUCUGUACAGUAUGAUCCUGGCUCUAGUAGGAGACUAA